AUGGCGAUUCGGAUUCUCGGAACACGGUCCAAUCACCAUUAUAUCACAGCAGCUUCAAAAUUGCUUCCAGUCGAAGGAGGUCUCCGUUUCCUCAGCACGAAUCCCGGUUCCUGGAAUCAAACUGACUACAGGAAACAGAUUUCUCUCGCCAAUCUCCUCCAGAGGUACGGUUUCCCUCCUUCUCAGCUCCAGAAUUUCCUUAGUAGAAACCGGUUCGUCCUGAAUUGGAACUUGCAAGACGUUGAGAAGUCUCUGGGCAUCCUCUUGUCUCUCAAAAUCCCCCGCAAAGCUCUCGUUUCUUUGGUUAGUGACUGCCCAGGGAUUCUGGAUUUGCAGUUUUUGAAGAAAUGGGAAAUGGGGUUUUUGAACUGCAGGGAAGUAGCCGUUAUUAACCCUUCGGUGAUCAGGACUGUGUUGGAGCUUUCGAGGAAGUUUAGUCUUGACCCUGGUGGUUUUACGAGCAGGUUAAGGGUUUUGAAGGGGUUAGGGUUUAGUGAAGGUACAAUCAGGAGGACCUUGGAGGGUUCCCCGCGGGUGAUUAUGAUGAAUGAAAGUGAAAUUUAUAAAAGGGUUGAGUUUCUCACGAAGAUGGGGAUUGGUAAUGAUGGGGUGGAUUGGGUUCUAUACUCAUUUCCGGAGGUACUGGGUUUCGGAGUUGAGAACAGGCUAAUGCCAUUACUCAAUGAGUUUGAGCGACUGGGUUUCAACCAAGAACUAGUAAGGAAGGAGAUUCUUGCCGAACCUCGAAUUUUGGGGAUGGAAGUAGGAGAACUAUCGAAGUGUUUGGAUUUGCUGCGGAGUUUAAAAUGCAGAGAACCGAUUAAGCUGAAGAUCUUCGGUAAUGGAGAACUCAGAGCUGGCUUUGAUGCGAAGCUUCGAAUCGAUUGCUUAUGCAGACAUGGUUUGACUCAUCGAGAAGCAUUCAAAGUCCUGUGGAAAGAGCCACGGGUGAUUGCUUAUGAUUUGGAGGAGACUGAUAAGAGAAUUCAUUACUUAGUGAACACAAUGGGAUUCAACGCCCGUUGCUUGGUCGAGGUUCCCGAGUUUUUAGGUGUGAGUUUUGAGAAGCAGAUUGUUCCACGGUACAAUGUGAUUCAGUAUUUGCAUGCAAAAGGUGGACUUGGGGAUGAGGUAGGACUAAAAGAUAUCAUAAAGCCGAGCAGGCUUAGGUUCUACAAUUUCUAUGUGAAGCCAUACCCAGAGUGUGAAAAGUUAUAUGGAAGGUUUUCUGGAGAUGUUGUCAAAGGAAUCAGGAUGCAGAGUGUUCACAAACUGUGACUAAAUGCUGGGAUUUUUACUUGAAUUCUUCAUUGGCUAGGUUAUCACUAGUUAAAGGCGUGGACAAUUAUUCUACAUCUCAGACCAUUCUGCUCUAUUGUGUCCUGCUUCUUUCAUGCUGAUACUGCAUGCCUCAAGCCCAAAGAAUUGGAUCUGGCAAGUUGCUGACACUGGAGAAAUGGAGACCUCGGUAAUCUACUUCGAACGCAGUCAUACGAUUGUUAGUUUCUGAUAUGUAAUCAGUAAAACUUCUGCGUCUGCUUGAUCAAU